UUUGAUUCGUGUCGUGUUUGUCGAAUGAUUUAACAAUCUUUAACUCACUCCUUUUCUCUGAACUUAUUUCUCCAAGUACUUUAAUUGUUUGUCUCUUGCACCAACCACUUUCGACUAUGUCUGUUUGCCGUCCAGUAGUUGUCCGUUCAACGUCCUUUGACUCAAGUUUCGAGCGCUCAUCGCAGGUCUUCACCGCCAGCAUCAUUUUAUUGAUUGAAAGCGUUGCGGAUCAUGGCUAUAGCAGCGAAGCGAUGCUCGUCUGUGGCACAUUAGCUGGGUAUUUAAUCAUUUGCAGUUCCCUAGCCAUAGGACAUUUGUUGGGCGCCAAAAUGGACAGACGAAUCGAUGUACUCUUCGCUGUCGCCGGCUGUGUGCUAUUCAUUUCCACCGGGGCCAUCAUUCUCGAUCGCUGGAUGAACAAUUACGAGACGGCCAUCGAUAAGAACACCAUAUUGUCUGCGGGCGUUUUGGCUUUUGCCAAUGGAGCCAUUUUUAUCGCCGACACAUUUGUCAUAUUUCACGCCAAAUAAAUGUUGCCAAAAAAAGAACCGAAUGCCAUUUCAUUAUGCUGAUUAAUUGAUGAAGAGGAAAUACUAACAUAUAUAGUAUAUAUGUAUAUAUAUAUAAUUGAGCUGCAUGUGUUGAAGUAGUAAAUAAUUAAAUAGUUGCUUUUGGCGUUUGAAUUAAGCUGGCGCCAAAAAGUAUGCUAUACAAAUCGUACAUUUUGCUUAGAGUUUGAUGGAAGUGAAAGAGUUGUGUUUACUUGAGAAGUUAUUUGUGAAGGAAUAAGUAAUGUAUUUUUAUAAAAGCACUUUUAACAAAUUUAAAUAUUAUUCAUUAGAAUGCAGCACUGCUUUCAGUAUAGUAUAAAGCAUCAGCUGACUAUAAAUUAUUAAACAAAAAUGCAGUGCAAUUUGUGUAAAAGGUUAAACAUAUUUUAUGAAAUAGCACUUUUUUAAAAUAUAUAUUUUUUGUUAUAUUAAAAACUAAAAAUAUAUAUUUAAUUUCGACAACAAACUUUUAUAAAUAUUUUUUGAAUAUUUUUGGGUAUUUUUCCGAAACAAAAAAUAAGUGGAAAUGAGGCACAAUCUUGAAAAUAUUUCGUUAAAUUGUAAUUUUUAGCCAAACAUAAUAAUUUGAAAUUACCAAAUAAU